CCGAAUUCUGCAACCCGAUCAUCGAAGUCGGCCGUGACGGACCGUAGUAAACGUGCCGCAAAAUCGAACAAAUCGCUGAAAACGGGACGAGUUUUUUCCGGGCGAUUUUUCCUGAAGGCUUUCGACGUCUUGCGGAUGUUGCGCUUGUGAGGACCGGGAUUACCGAGAUGCGGAACAGGAUAUGAAGUGGCGAUUUCCGGAGGUUUUUAAGACGAUGGGGCUGAAGCAAAGGAGACACCGCUUGAAAACAUGAUUCCAUUCAAAUGGAGCAAACCUAAAUUCAAUAAAGUGAAAUUCAAGUAAAACCAGUCAAAUAUCAAACACAGAAGAAAAAUUCAGCCUUACCCAAGUAACCAAAGCAAUACAAACCAGGUCAAAAUUAGAAAGUUAUUCUAAUCAUGUCGAAAAAAUUGAUUCUGAUCAUCGAUUUGGACACGAUAAUGGGUCGUAAUAUCGUAAAAAAUUGCAAUAUCUCCCAGUCGACUUCACCGAAAGCAUGACCGUGUAAACCGCCCCCCUUUCAACUCCUCACCCCUAAACCUAGAAAGAUGGUCUUGAAUCUACGCUUCGACGACUCUUUCUACAAGGUUAUCCUCUUCCAGUUCGCUCUGCUCUUGGUUCACGUCAGCGGUUAUGAGGAUGACAAUAAGAUGGUUAACGACUUCGCCAAUUUUCGGCCGGGGCGGCUGUACUUCGCCAUCGCUGCUUCUCCCAGCGGCCAGACGUACAGCAGGGCAUUUAACAAGACUCUCCUGAACAUCACUCAGUCUUAUUUGACCACAAAAGUGCACAAAGACACCUUCAAUUUUACACUGGAGACGCUCGUUAUCGAACUUCCGGAAAACGGAAGUUUCAGUGCAGCUCUUCUCCGGAAUUUGUGCAACCAAUUCGAAGGGAAACACGUCGUUGCUGUACUGAUUCUCGGUGAUUCCCCUGCGGCCUUCACCGUUUCGCUGACGGCUAAACACGCCGGCAUUCCAGUGUUGUGGGCGAGAGGACAUAGCGGAUUUCUGCCAGGACUCAGGAGUUUGGAGUCAAGUCCUUUGGAGGUCCAGCUGGCGCCGACCGGACGUGAAUUAGUGCAGGCCUUGAGAGGACUCCUGCUGCAAGCUCACUGGCAUACUUUCACUCUGCUAGUCGAUCCUGCUUCGUCGACGGCUUUGAGACGACCGGAGUUAUGGACAACGCUAACUGCACAGCCGCUACAUCCAACUCUGAUCACUCUGUCGUCGCCACUAAGGGCCCAGUCGCUGUUUAGGAAGCUGGCGGACAUCUCGAGGUCGACGCGGGGCGUGGUGGUGCUGCUGAGCGAUCGUCCUGCAGCGGUGCGUAUCCUGGAGGACGCCAAAAGGCUGAACAUGAUGGACGGCCAUUUCGUCUGGUUGUGGGUCGACACGGCGGCGAACAUCAGCAUCAGCGACGACGGUGGCGCCGAUAAAGAUAAACCACCACCAACCGAGGAUCGAUACAAACGUAGUGUAGUUAAAAGUGAUAUCAGUGAUAUGCAUGUGAAUUAUUUAUUAAAAAACGAUCAGUUUCUUUUGUUCAAUCGUAAUUAUGGCGUUGAAAGUUCUAAAUUCAAAGAUCGUAACGAUAGAUCUCAACGUUUAUUUAGUGUUGUGGAUGGUGAGUUUAAAGGAGAACUUCCUGCCGGUCUGCUGCGUUUGAAGCCUCUUCCGGUCAGGGUGGACAGACACCUGGUCAAGGGCACCGUGCGAUUGCUCCUUGCCACUCUCAAGUUGGUCCUCCAGAGGUCGCCUUUGUGGAUGCUGCAAAGCAUCGCCAAAGGACAGCUCACCACCAGCUGUUGGAAAACGCUAGGUGCCAGGGAAUUCAAGUUCUCCGACAACUUCGGAAGGGAAUUGAGGACGGCCUGCAAGGACGCCCUCGCCGGCAAAAAAUUUUCACAAGAAAUUGGCGUUGACAAAGUGGACAAAUCAUUAGUUGCAAAUUUCGAAAUAUUAAACUUAGUUCCUGAACGUAGCACCAAAGAUGGCGACUUAUUUAGCAAUAGAAGCGAGAAUGUCGAGCCGAGUACUUCGAGCGUCAAGUGGAAAAGAGUUGGCUUGGUCUCCGGCAGAUCUGUUCGUUUGGACACGAUUAUCUGGCCGGGAGGUGACCUCUCGGUGGCGGCAGUGUCGUCAAGGGCCAGAACUGUUUUCAGAGUGGUUACGGCCUUGGCACCACCCUUCGUCAUGGAGAGUGAGUUGGACGAAGAUGGACAGUGCCUGAGAGGUCUUCCAUGUCAUCGAGUGCUGACAUCGGACAAAGACAACUUGACGUUGGUUUUCAACGAAAUGCAACGUCUCGAAGAAGAAGAAGACGAGGAAGAAGAAUUAAAUCCAGAGUACAAACAAUUCGCCAACGAUUACGAAGAAAACGAGAGAUUUUUCCCGUUUCAAAAAUUCAAAUACCGCACAAAUUGUUGCUAUGGCCUUUCGAUGGACCUCCUCGAGAAUAUCGCUCAAGAACUCGAGUUCGACUUUCGCUUGUACAUUGUCGCCGACGGUUUCUUCGGUUCUAAGUUACCUAAUUAUCGCGAUCGCGACGCCGGCAAAAAAUUCCCUUACAAAGACAACGACCGGGGACCUCCCGAUGACGACGUCAAGUGGAACGGCGUCGUGGGUGACCUAGUGUCAGGGGCGGCGCAUAUGUCUUUCGCGGCCUUGAGCGUGUCGAGUGCACGCAGUGAAGUUAUAGACUUCAGUGUUCCAUAUUUCUUUAGUGGCGUGUCGUUACUUGCCGCCCCUCAACAGACAUCUGAAAUACCGUUGAUGGCCUUUUUGUUACCGUUCUCGCCGGAACUGUGGAUUGCUAUUUUUACGAGCCUCAAUAUCACGGCCAUCGCAGUCGCGAUCUACGAAUGGUUAUCGCCUUUCGGGCUCAACCCCUGGGGGCGGCAACGCUCCAAGAACUUCAGCAUGAGUUCGGCGCUUUGGGUCAUGUGGGGGCUGCUAUGCGGGCACCUGGUGGCUUUCAAAGCACCGAAAAGUUGGCCUAAUAAGUUUCUAAUUAACGUUUGGGGCGGAUUUUCGGUUAUCUUCGUUGCAAGUUACACAGCCAACAUUGCGGCGUUGAUUGCUGGACUCUUUUUUCACAAUACUGUCAGCAAUUACAGAGACAGGAUUUUGUUGGAUCAAAGAGUGGGCGCUCCCCGCUUUACGGCAGCCGAAUAUUACGUCAAAAAGGCGGAUUAUGAACUUUACGAUCAUAUAAAAAAAUAUUCCUUGGAGAACAUCGAAGAAGGCAUCGAUAAAUUGCGUAACGGUUCUUUGGAUAUCCUCAUCGCAGACACCCCAAUUUUAGACUAUUAUCGAGCGACCGAUCACGGUUGCAAACUUCAGAAAUUCGGCGAUACGUUAAACGAAGACACUUACGCAAUAGGAAUGACCAAAGGUUUUCCUUUGAAGGAUAGCAUCUCGGCUGUGAUAGCAAAGUAUUCCAGCAAUGGCUACAUGGACAUCCUGCAGGAAAAAUGGUACGGAGGCCUGCCGUGCUUUAAGCUGGCGACAGAUAUAGCCCAGCCGAGACCUCUAGGCGUCGCUGCCGUCACCGGGGUAUUCAUCCUCCUGGGAGUUGGCAUAGCACUCGGCGUUCUAAUCUUGCUGGUCGAACAUUUAUUUUUCCGCUAUACUUUACCCAUCCUUCGAAAUAAGCCCAAGGGCUCCAUCUGGCGGAGCAGGAAUAUCAUGUUUUUCAGCCAGAAACUUUAUCGGUUUAUCAAUUGCGUCGAAUUGGUGUCGCCUCAUCAUGCGGCCCGAGAACUAGUUCACACCAUACGACAGGGACAGAUUACCAGUUUGUUCCAAAAAAGCAUCAAAAGGAAGGAAGACGAACAACGUAGGAGAAGAAAGAGUAAAGCGCAGUUUAUAGAAAUGAUCCAGGAAAUUAGGAGUACGAUUCGUAGGCAGCAGCAGGAAGAGCGAGAGCCGCCUCUCGAGCCGGUAACGGAAGUCGACUCGGAAUAUCAGAUGUCUCCCGACGAGAAAAAAUCCAAGUUAAGCCCUAGUAUAUUACGGCGAACGUUUAUGCGAUCUAGUCCCAAAGCAGAGAGUCAGAAAAUUAAAUCCCCGACAAUGAUCUUCAACAAGCCGUUGUUCAGUCCGCGAUCCAAGAACAAAGCGAGGAGUUCAACGGCCCUGAACGUGCGCCGGUUUAGCACCGACAGUGUUUUCAAUUCGCAGACCAUGAAAAUCGACCACAGCACUGCAGUGGGGCGGCGUUUAAGCAAAGACGCUUCCAGUUUCUUGACGAGCAGUCCGCCCGAUAUAAACAGCCGUAGAUCCAGCUAUUUGGACAUCAUAAGCUCUGGGAAUAAAUUAUCCGGCAAAAGUCCGGUUCUAUCCAUAGAAAACGUUUCAGACUCCAGCUCUCGAUCCAACGAACCGUUACGAAAACUGUCAGAUUCGGAAAGCAUAGGGCGGAAGCUGGCAACUCUCCCAAAAUAUCGCGAACCGAUAGAACGACACCGUUUGCAACCCCAAUACAGCUUAACCUUGGGCAAGAGCGACGAAACUCUCAUGAAAUCUGACACAACACAUCUGAAUCAAGUAUCAUCAGCGAAAAGUUUUAAUAACGUGUCAGAAGUCGCUGGUAAUUUAUCGGACGAAGAGAUAGCUCGUCGGAAUAAAAUGACCAUGGAGCAACUCCAAGUGCAACUGAGUAAAAAACGACCGCAAGACAAUAACGCCAAAACGCAAAACACCAACCCUCAGAUUAGGAUACAAGUAGAGGACACGACGAGGACCGAGACGGUUAGGACUCGUCGCAUAAAGACGCGCCACCAGAGUCUCGGGGACUCAGUUCAAGCGCCGGAACCGGCCAAAAGGAACAAGUUAGCGGAGCAGUCAAAGUCGCUCGAUGGCAAUCCGACAAGGUCGAAGAAGAAACGGCCGGAGGAUCUGCCCCCAGCGCCGCCGCCUCCCAAUUGCUCGCCGAGGAACUCUAAUGGGAGGUCGCCGCUCGAGAGGCUCUCCAAGGACGAACUGGUGUUACUAUGGAGAAGCUCCGAAUCGGAGCUAAGAAGCCAUUUGUUGAAAGCCAUCAGGGAUAAGGAAGAACCAGUGGAGCCGCCUUGAACACGCGGCAGUCAAGUUCCGGGCACCUGAUGGUAUUUAAAAUUUAAAUUUAUAGUAAAUGAUCAUCAUCGACCAUUAUCUCAUCUCGGUUAUUUCGUAGACUUUUGCGCAAGUCGUUGAUUCAGGUUUAGGCACGAUCAGAUCGGAGUUGUGCCUAUGAAAUGAAGAAACGGCCUUAGAUUUGUAGAGUGAUAAGAAACGACCACUAAGUGUUAUUAGAAGCCUUUAUCUUUAGAGGUCGCUCAGACCUCAACGCCUUUUAACUAGGACUGGUUCUCUUUGUAGAGAUUUUAACGAUUGGUUAUCGUCACUGAUUCGGUUUCACUUUGAUUGCUGUCAUGUGUUAUUGGGGAUAUAUUUAACGUAUAAUCAAACUGAGUUUCAUAAAUUUGAAUAAUAUAUACUGCCAAUUAUAUUAGAAUUUUUUAAGUAGAUUGGUGAUAUUAAAGUCUUAUGCAAAAUGAAACAAAGGUUAUAAGAAGCCCACAUUGGCGAUAGCAUAGAUACAAAAAACAUAUUAUAGUGUUGUUGUUUAAACACGGGCAGCAUCACAUUCAAACCAUUUAUCAUAAAAUCGAGUCGAAACGUGUAGCUUUAAGUAAUUCAAAUUUUAUCUUAACUUUGGUUGACGUGACGCUGUCCAAGUUUUUAAGUCAAUUUUAAAGAUUUCUCUCCGUCUACUCAUUAGAUAUAAGUAUUUCUCUAUCCUAUUGUUGAUAUUUUAAAGUUUAUUGGAAUUGAAUAAUAUAAUUUCAAAGAUAUGUAUAUUAAAACAAACCAUAUGACUUGUGAUGUUUAUAGAUACCAUUUGUUUGAAAUAUUUUCGUAAAUUUUAAACAUAUUAACAUUAAAUCACACUUUUAAAAUGUGACGGUAGUUGAGCUCUCUAAAUGUCUAUAUGAUAUAAAUCUUAUCUAAACUUGAAUGACACAUUCCAGAAAAUAUUUUAAACAAAAUUUUGUUGUACAUAUUGUACAUAGUUAUUUAAGUUAUGGUCACAAAUUUGUAAAUUAUAGCUAAUUUAAAAACACUUUAUUGUUGACAAAUAUAUGAA